AUGGACCUGGAACAAGAAAUGGAGGCCCAAAAACGUCAGAUGGAUAUAGAGCGGGUACAGGCUGAGGUGGAAGCUAAGUUUGCAGCGGAACAACAGAACGAAGAUGUGAUGCUACGGAAGAUACAAGCUCAGGUGAUAAACACCAAAACGUAUGCCUUUAUUUUGGGUCUGGCAAAAGACACGUGGUGCCGCUGCCUGUUCCUCUUGAAUCGUCGCCUUGCGUGCACCCUUCUCGGAAGAAACCCUGUCGAUUCCAAUGGAUUCGGUAACAUGCGAACUGAAGUGACAUCAAGCCUUCCGUCGGAAUCUCUGGGUGAAGAGGACCGCAGGCGGACCCAAGAGGCCAUCAACACAGUCCUCGCGCACCUCGCAUCUGCCGUCUACGGGCUCGUGUCCGACCCUAGACGAGCGUUAACGCUGACCUCGUGGCUACUCGGUCUAUUGGCCGGGUAUAUGGUGCUGAAGGAGGGUACUCUUCUCCUCAGACAGCUCCUCGAAACCUACCUCGGGAAGCCCAGCUUGGUGCGAGAAACUUCUCGUGUGGGGACGCUGAGGUCGACCAACCACCGUCUUCUCCAUGCAGCGAAAUGUUUGGUUAGAUUCAUCUGUGAGAAGGCCGGCAAGGCUUCUCUUGAGGGAGAAGGCUGGUCACCAAAGAGAACGCGAUCCGGGAGGGAGGAGGCUGUGAACGCUUUCCGAGACGUCGUACUUGCCCCGGAUCUCAAGGAACAGGUGCUUUCUCUGGCGGUGGCGACGAGAAAUUCCAAGAGGAACGGCGCUCCCUACCGACACCUCCUGUUGUACGGUCCUCCCGGCACUGGAAAAACCAUGGUUGCCAAGCGCCUGGCCGCAUGCUCUGGUAUGGAUUGCGCGGUGAUGAGCGGUGGAGACGUUGCCCCUUUGGGCAAAAAUGCUGUCACGGAGCUUCAUAGUCUCUUCCGUUGGGCUGCCAAGUCGCCCAGGGGACUCCUACUGUUCAUCGACGAGGCUGAAGCUUUUUUGGGCAAGAGAUCCAGACCUGACAUGUCCGAGGGCACGAGGAACGCCCUUAACGCCCUGUUGUACAACACGGGUUCGGCUAGUCGCCGGCUAAUGAUGGUCUUAGCUACCAACAGGGCAGAGGAUCUGGACGAGGCUGUUCUGGACCGCAUGGACGACUCCCUCCUGUUUCCUAUCCCUGACAGGAAGUCUCGAGCACAGCUCCUGGUCCAGUAUUUCCACAAGUACUGCGCGACUGGUAAGGAUGGCAGAUCUAUUGGCGCGGGUUGGGGUCUUUCCAGCAAGAUCUCUGGGUGGUGGCGCGGGAGCUCGGCCGAAGGACUGACGAUCGAUGUAGGGGUGGACGAACGCCUUGUUAAGGGACUCGCAGAGGAGGUGCAGGGCUUCAGCGGCAGAGAGGUGGAGAAGCUUAUGCUGGGGGUGCAGAGCUGUGCAUACGGAUCCGAGGACGGGGUGGUGACGGCCGACAUGAUCAAGAGGGUCGCGACUCAGAAGGCAAAGGAGCACGGUGCCAAAGUCAAGAUGAGGGCGGCAACCGAACAUUAG